AAUGAACGUUUUAUCCAGUGGUCUUCCAUCAUGUCCAACCGAACACUCUUUGCUCUCGUUUCAACUACAUCUUUCUUUCUUAGAUAUACCCUACCAUGCCCCGCCUUCGCGUUCUUGCAGGCCCUUCCCUCGAAGAGCUCGUCCCCAUAGAAGUCAAUUCUGACAAGGCUUUCGAUAUCAAGUCCGAUGCUUUCGAAGGUCAAGCAGCCGUAUAUAUCAAGGGGUUCGCAGACCCGAACGGGGACGUUGGAGAUAGUUCAUACUUCUCGCAGGAAGGACGGACAGAUGUUACGUGGAGUAUACAAGUCCAAGGUAGAUUCCUGCAGCCUCAUUCUGCGAACGAUGUCAUGUUCGGAAAUACUUUCGACCGUCCGUUGCAGUUACCAUGGGGCUUCAGCGCCGUGCUUGGAUUUAUGCAGUACAUUGAUCCUACGCUCGAGCAAGACCUGGCGUCGCAAACCAAACCAUGGGCUCUGUCUCCCCUCAUUGCCACUAUGCCGUACUUUGCGCACACGCGCAUGGAUGAAUUGCACAAGGUCCCACCGUUUCCACCGAUCAAGCCUAUAGAGGAGGACAUCUCGGAAUUGCGAGUCAAGAGUGAGAGUGGGGAGGAGUCAGUACUAGACCCCGCCACGGGUAGAAAGACAUAUUUUAGAAGCGUCGAGAAUAGACAAAGAGUCAUAUUCGGUCCAGAGGAUCUUAUUACGACAGACUUUUGCUACAACUAUCUCGAUUUCAGCCCGGACGGUGUCAUGUUACGUAUACCUGGAGGCCUCACCUUCGACAUGAUGAAGUACUGGGAUGGCCAACCUGUCCGAUUUGUUUGCUGUGAUCGCAAGCGUCCUGGUGAUAGCAGCGACGUCCCUUGGGGUAGAGUUUUCUGGUGUGUCGCUAUUGAAGCUGUUGACUACGACGAUUCGGAGGAGCAGGAGGAGGAGGAGAUUGAAGAUGAGGGCUCCGAGGAGGAGAUCGAUUAGAGGCCGCACUACCAGCUUCCGUGGACUCGGGGUGCUGUUAUACCGUAAAUCUGUAUAUUCUCGGUAAGCACGAGUUGUAUCAAUAUACCUAAUUGUGCGCGCAUAUACCGAUGAUUUUAAUGCUU